AUGAGAGACAUGUGGAAGUCUAGCAGCAAAACAUUAGAUGCCAGCCGCCUCAUAGAAGACUACAAGGUAAAAAUAACAGAAGAAGACAUUAAAAGCAAGGAGUCGAGCUUGCCAGCUAUUACAUACAUAGCAGGAUUUUGUGCACAUGCAGCUUUAAAAAAGAUUCUUUGCACAGCUUGCGCAGAAAACCUUACUGCACAGGAAAGAGAAAUGGAGCUGGAUCGAAACAUAAUAAUUGAGAACCUCUCCCGGGGUGGUUUGAAGUUCCCGAGGUCUGUAGUCAUAGAUGCCGUGCUGAGAAUGCAACUAGUUCUUGAGAAAUUGACUACACAAGAAAAUGUUGUGCAGUUUCAUGCUUCGAGACAUCAAAGGGAAUUGCUGAUAGACGAUGAAGGAUUCGAUAUCUGUUCUCAAGGUCAUCAUCCUGAUGACGUCUAUCAAAAUAUACUGUGGGCAGCAGCGAACACAUUGCUUAAAAAUUAUGUCCAAAUGAAGACAGACCUCUUAAAAACUGAACUGUCCAAAAAGAAACAGCAAAGAAAGCUCAAAACGUUUUCGUAA